UCCUGACCUGUGGUAUUCUUAGCAUGCUCUGUUAACCUGGAAAGGUCUAGGACAGUCUGCACAGGUGAGAAAAUGGAUUGAUGAUAUGACAAGAAGUACUCACCAGGCUUAUAUUCUGCAUGAACCGACUGAGGUAAGAAGAUUUAGGGAUGUCAAAUAGAGGAGGGGUCAUUCUGGGAGCGGCCGGUGGGGUAGCCACUGUGGCAUGGCGGAUGUUGUUUCCAUGGAUACGGGAUGAUCUGACAACAAUUCGAUCGACAAAUCGACAAGCUUCAAAGAGUAUAAGAGAUGCAAAGAAUGGACGUUUCAUUAUCGAUAUGUUCGAGGAACAAGUUAGGCGCGUGCCAAAGAAACCGUUCAUUCUUUUCGAGGAUAAAAUUUACACGUACGAAUUCGUGAAUACCAUGGCUAAUAGAGUGGCUAAUCUGGCGCUGACAUGGGGACUCAAGCAAGGGGAUUCCGUGGCCACUCUCAUCUAUAAUGAACCGGCGUUUGUGUGGACUCUCCUGGGUCUCCUAAAGCUAGGACUAGUGGAUGCCUUUAUAAACUACCACAACAAGUCCGGGCCACUACUUCACUCUAUUCUGGUCAGCGACGCCAAAGUCCUUAUUGUAGGUAACGGAGACGAGCUUCUGGAGUCUAUUGAUGCCAUUAGGGACAAACUUCCGGCGGAUAUUCCAAUCUAUGUGUAUGGGAAAGAAAGUUCCGAACUGCCAGAAGGAUACUUAUCGAUGGACUUGGGACUUAUGGGAGUUUAUCCUGCAGAAAUUUGUAAAAACGUCCGAUCUACGCUUACACUGAAAUCCCUCGUCUGCUAUAUCUACACUUCCGGUACAACAGGUUUGCCCAAGCCUGCUAUAGUGAAUCAAGCCAAAGCGAUCGGUCUGUCUAAGUUCUACCAACAGGUAUGGUAUGAUGAGGACGAUGUGGUCUACGUGGUUACGCCCCUCUACCACAGCGCCGCCUGUGGACACGGUCUCUUCAACACCAUAGAUGUCGGUGCCACGCUCGUGCUUCGCAAGAAGUUUUCAGCUCGGCAUUACUGGGAGGACGUUCGGAAAUACAGAGUGACAGUUCUGCAGUACAUCGGAGAGCUCUGUCGAUACCUCCUUAGGGUUCCAAAAAGUGACAUGGACGGUGUUCAUUCUGUCCGUGUGGCGGUAGGAAACGGCUUGAGACCGGACAUUUGGAACGAGUACAGGACACGAUUUAGAAUCCCGUGGAUCGCCGAGUUUUUCGGUGCCACUGAAGGGACGACAACUUUCAUCAAUGUCACCGGCCAAGUGGGCGCCAUUGGCAGAUGGUCUCCUGUCAUGCGGGUAGCAUCGAAAGGACGAUUUGGCGUUUCAAGUCACGUCAUCAAGUAUGACGUAGUUACCGACGCACCUGUCCGAAACAGCAAAGGCAGAUGCGUUCCGAUUAAAAGAGGCGAGGAGGGUAUACUAAUCUCCGGGAUCCCUCCAUCGUAUUCCGGAUUCUACAAGGGGGACCCUGUGGCGAGUGAGAAAAAGAUCCUACGUGAUGUAUUUGAGGAAGGGGAUCGCUACUUCAACUUCGGCGACUUAGUUUACAUGGACAACCAAUAUUACAUUUACUUCCGGGAUCGAGUAGGGGAUACAUUUCGAUGGAAAGGUGAAAAUGUUUCCACAAGGGAAGUCUGUGACGUCAUCAGCACGCUUCCAUUUACACAGGAUGUAAAUGUGUACGGAGUCCUCGUACCGGAUUCAGACGGACGUGCUGGGAUGGCUGCCAUUUCGUUGAAGGGCCAAACAGACGUACAACCGGAAAUGCUCAAAGCUGUAUUUUGCAUAUGUGAAACAGAACUUCCGGUAUAUGCACGCCCAUUAUUUCUACGCUUCAAAAAAGAGCUCGCAGUCACACAAACAAUGAAGCAUAGCAAAUUAAAUCUGGUCAAUGAGGGCUUUGACAUAGAUAAAAUAGCAGAUCCUGUUUACUAUAUAGAUGUGGAAAGGCGUACAUAUUCCCUUUUAACCCGGGACAUUUACCAGCGUGUUGUGACGUCACGUUUAUAAGAAUUUAUCAUAAGUGGACUGUUUCAAAACGGAAGUUGGAAUUAUGGAAUAAGCAGAAAAAAGUACUGAAAUCAGCACAAACACUUAAACGGAAUGUAUAAUGUGUGUAACGUUUAACAUUGAACCACGUAGAAAAUGGAACUGGGGUCCGUAUUCAACGUUGAAACCAGAGGGACCUGGCACGAAUUCCCAUCACACGGGUCCUCGUGAUUUCGUGUACGCCGCACCCGGUCCCGGACCCGGACCCGAUCCCCGUACCAGGAAUAUACAUAUUUUUUUUUUCUCAACAACGGCUCAAUGAAUGAAAUCUCAUUUUUUUCUAAUAAAUUCAUAUUAUUAUUUUAAAAAUCUAACAUUUAAAUGAAAUGGAAGUAAUACCUACAACUUUAGUAAUCGUCGAUUUACAUUUUUCCGAGUGUGAUUUUGUGUACGCCGCACUCUACCGUGAAAUGUUACGGUUUUUGGCUGUUUAUUCGUAAAUAAAGAUAUACUUUUGAUAUUUUAGAUUCCAUACAUUAAGUAAACCUAGUUGUUGAUACAUCACACGGUCCUUGUAACCGUGAUUGGGAAUUCGUGCCAGGUCCCUGUGGUUUAUACUGGCUCAAGUUUCAGUCAUGUUCCUUAACUAAGGGAGUACCUUAAAUUAACAUUACAGAAUGGAAGGAAACUUAUCUGAUACAUGUAAUGCUUUCCUAUAGAGAUAUACAUACGUCUCUGAGUUAAGGAACGUAGCAGUGUAUCGUAGAGGAAUGGGAAUUACAAGUUUAAUUCUAAUAAGAUUGGUUUUCUUUGUGUUCCUGAAAAUGUUCUUUGCAAUGAAAUGCUCAUACUGGCACACACAAAUAUCAACACAAAUUUGCUAAUGAGAAAUUUUCGACAGAUCGAAUCUACAAGUACAGGUACAACACAAGCAUAUGGAGAGCUUUCCCUGUCGUGAUUUACUUAUUUUCAACCACAGGGGCUUGGCACGAUUUUAUAAAUGAUAGUCCACUAUAAUACAUAUAUAUGGACUAUCAUUUAUAAAAUUCGUGCCAAGCCCCUUCAACAGUUUUUAAGGAGCAUAACAAGUGUAGAAGUUAACAAAAUGAGGACAAUUUUGGAUGAGUGUGUGGUAAUUCUACCUGAAAAUUCGUCGUAACUUUUAUUUCGCUGCUGGAACCCGAGAUAUAUCGUAUAUUUUAAAAUAGCAAAGUUGUCAUAACAAUCGGAGGUCCAUUCAACGUUGCACGUAGAUAUAUGGUCAGUAUUAAUAUUCCUAUUUCAUUCUUAACUUCUAAUAUGGAACCGGUGCAGUUGGAAUAAUUUAAGAGGAAAGGCUAUCAAAUAUUCUUGGUUCCAUUUUAACAAUGGAUACGAAACCGGACCAAUACCCGUAUACAUGUACAAUGUAUAUAACAAGGAUAAAUAUUCUGGGGUUCAUUGCGGACUAGAUGUGAGCUUAUGUUUACGUGUCCGUCCGAAGCAGGUAGGGCGAAAGAAUUGCAAGAAUCUUUUCUCUCUUUCUUUGCAACUUUCUGCUUCCUAAUGUCUACCUUGACACUGCCUUACUUUUGACCUUUAGUUGAGCGUUCGGCCCUGUAAGGAAGGUUUUGGAAGUGGGACGACAGGUUCGCCCGUUGUCAGUACAAGGUGACCGGUUUGGUAUGUUCAGCAGUAUGUUUCAGUGAGGUGGCGCUAUAAAGCCAUAUAUAUCAAUUUUGUGCAAUGACAUGGAGACAAACACGACUAUUUACCACUGUAUGACAUUAACAACUGUAGGUGGGCGUUACCAACUCAGAACUGUCAACUGUUGUAUGAUUAACAGUAAAGAAAUGACACAUUCUGCAUAAUAAAAGAGUGGCAAAUAAAACUUCUGUUGUCGAAAGUUAAAUU